UCAUUUCCAACCUCUCUCUCCUUCCAUAUCAUUUGGAGACUAAAAGUGAAAAAGAAAACAUGGCUGCUGUUACUAAUUUUACAUGUUCAGCUUCUUCAUUUCUUGUAAGAUGUUGUUCUAUGAAAGAAAACCAUCGCGAUCAAUUGAGUAGUAACAGUAGCAUUAGAAUGAAUGGGAGUUUUAGGUCUCCAAUUAAAAUUGAAUCACUUAGUCAAACAGCUGAAGUUGCUCCUACAACUCUUGUUGAAAGUGGUCAACGACAGAACAUUCCAACAAAGAAGCAAUUAGUUGAUCCUUAUCGUCAAGGUCUUAUUGUUGAAGGUGGUGUUGGUUAUAGACAAACUGUUGUUAUUAGGUCCUAUGAAGUUGGUGCUGAUAAAACUGCAACACUUGAGAGCAUUCUCAAUCUUCUUCAGGAAACAGCAUUAAACCAUGUAUGGAUGUCUGGACUCCUUGGUGAUGGAUUUGGAGCAACACAUGGAAUGAUGAGGAAUGAUCUUAUUUGGGUUGUAUCAAGAAUGCAAGUUCUCAUUGAUUAUUAUCCCAUCUGGGGAGAGGUACUUGAAAUUGACACAUGGGUUGGAGCGUCGGGCAAGAAUGGAAUGCGACGCGACUGGCUCAUAAGAAGUAAGGCAACAGGCCGAAUUUUCGCUCGUGCAACAAGCACAUGGGUGAUGAUGAACAGCAAAACAAGACGCCUCUCCAAAAUGCCGGAAGAGGUGAGGGAUGAACUUACACCUUGGUUCAUACAGAAGCAAGCAAUAAAAGAAGAUGCUCUUGAAAAAAUUGUCAAAUUGGACAAAGAGGCAAAAUACAUGAAUUCCAAUUUAAAGCCCAAGAGAAGUGAUUUAGACAUGAACCAACAUGUUAAUAAUGUAAAAUAUCUAAGAUGGAUGCUUGAGACAAUUCCAGAACAAAUUCUAGAGAGUCACCAGUUAUCUGAAAUCAUAUUGGAAUACAGAAGGGAAUGUGGAAGUUCAGAUAUAGUUGAAUCAUUAUGUGAACCUGAAGAAGAUGAAAUAGUACUUAAUAGUAUGUUGGAACCAAAUUUGUUUAAUGGAUUGUCAUUAGUAUCAUCAGAUAUUAUAAAUGGUGGUGGAGUUUUGAGCUACUUUGAACAAAGACCAAUAAAGUAUACACAUCUUUUACAAGCUAAGGGAAUAAAACAAAAUGAAGAAAUGGUUAGAGGAAAGACUACAUGGAAAAGGAAGUUCACUGCAUAGUUUUCUACAUAGUAAUUCAUGUGGAUGUAGUGUUUGGAAAUUGGGAACUGAGAAGGAACAAACUUUGCUCACUAAGAAUUUCUUGGCCUAAAAGUAAACGACAUGAUGGCAAGAUAGUAGAGAAGCAUUUGGAGAAACAAAAAUAUAUAAAGAAAGUCACAUUACCAAUGAAAUUUGAGUAUGUUCCAAAUGAAAUUUGUGUGAAAUAUGAUACUAAUUUAUUUAUACUGGAUUAUAUGGUAAUUGGUAAACAAAGAUCUCAAUCUCUUUUUUA